AUGGGGGAUGGGGACCUUGGAACCAACUGGAUAUCGGAGAUCAUCCAUCUGAUCCACACCAGGGGAGAUCCCAGCUGGGUGCAAUCAGUGGUCAGCUGGAAACGUUCACCAUGGCUAGAAAACGCUUUCGGGCUUGAAGAUAUAAAGCAGCAGCAGGAAGACCCACGCUUCUACACCUCCCACCUCCCCAUUCAAUUCUUCCCCAAGUCAAUCUUCAAGUCCAAGGCCAAGUGUGUCUACAUCACGAGAAAUCCCAGAGAUAUUCUUAUUUCUGGUUACUAUUUCUGGAAAGCGAUCAAGGCCACCAAAAAUCCAGGCUCACUUGAAGAAUAUUUUGAAUGGUUCCUUCAAGGAAAUGCUUAUUUGGAACAAAUCAACAAUAUCAAAGUGACAGGCGCACUUGACAUGUGAUCCCCCAGCUACAUUCAUCUGAAUAGAGAGAACAUGUGGCAGAAACAAAAUUCCUGUAAGACGUGCUGUCCCAAAGGUAUGGGGUGAGUGAAGGAGAGGCAAAAACAUGUGCUGUCUACACGUAAUUACAUCAUUUAAAUCACAUCAGGAAACACACACACACACACACCCACCCACCACAAAACACCAAAGAUAUUGACUCCAAACUAGGUGGAAUUUGAGUUCAGCUCUUUCAUUUCCCAACUAAAUUCUCUUUAAAAUUCAAAAUCUCUUUUUUCUCACAGGGAGAUCUGGAGCUCAUCUUACAUAGGGUAUCCUAUAGAGCACUCAACUGGUUGCUUAUCGAGGCAGUAAAUGCAGAAUUCUAUUUCUCGUGCAAAUGAGAGGACACGAAUUUCCAGCACUUGAGUCACUUGCUCAUCAAAUACUUACGGCAUCGGGAAAGGGUGCAGUGUCGCCUACUUGCUGAUCAACUUCCGAAGGCGUGGCUGACAUGAGCAGCGUUGCCUAGCCCAGU